AUGGACAUGUUAAUGGAGUACAAGGAGAAGAUCUCGGCCAAGUUGGAACGAUAUGAUAAGGUCGUGGAACUGGAGAAGCAAACGGGCGUCGACAAGUUCUACAUCUUUUGCGUGUUUGCAGUGCUUACGGGUGUCCUGCUGUUCGUAGCGGGUGGUGAGGAACUGGUGGUGGGCCUUGUGGGCUUUAUCUACCCGGCUUACGUGUCGUUUAAGGCCAUUAACACGCCCGGUACGGUUGAUGACACGCAGUGGCUUACGUACUGGGUCGUCUACGCCUUCUUUAACCUCACAGAGUCCAUUACGGACCUGCUGCUGUCCUGGAUUCCCUUUUACUUUUUCUUAAAGAUCGCGUUCCUUGUCUGGAGCUACCACCCAAGCACUCAGGGCUCGAAAGUGAUUUACAACUCGCUGAUUAAGCCGUACGUGGCUCCGCACGUGGGUCAAAUUGAUUCGGCUCUCAAACGUGGUGAGGAUGCUGCCAAGAACGUAGCUGCCAAGCUCCAGGAGAAGAGCCAAUAA